AUGGCUGCUGAAGGGUUGGAAAAGUUGACUGAAGUCCCUGCUGAAUUCUUCAAGGAUGGUUCUGCUUUCAUUAGAAAGUGUACCAAGCCUGAUAAGAAGGAAUACUUUAAGAUCGUCAGAGCCGUGGGUAUUGGUUUCCUUAUGAUGGGUGUUGUUGGAUACAUUGUUAAUGCUGGCUUCAAAAGUGGUAUUGAUAUUAAUGGUCGUUUAGUAUUAUUCCAUCUCAUGAUCAGUGUUAUCCGUAAAAUGUCAUCGAAGAUGAACGGGUUCGUGAAGAAUCUUGCAUCGAACCAUAAGCACACUCGAGAGAAAGCGUUUGAUCUUCUCAAGCAAUUUAUCCGGUCAAAGUCAAAUAAAAUGAAGAAACUUGAAAUGAUGAAGUUAUGGAAAGGUCUUUAUUUGGCAAUGUGGUUCUGUGACAGACCAGCACCUCAAGAACGGUUGGCAGAACAAUUAGGAGAGUUAUUCAGUGGGUUUAUCAGUGAAAAGCAAUUUGGUGACUUUUUAGCAGCUUUCUGGUCCAUUAUGAUUAGAGAAUGGCCAGAAAUAGACCAAUGGAGAGUAGACAAGUUCUUAUUGUUAAUGAGACGUGUACUCAGACAUUCGUUGAUAUUCCUCAAGAAACAUCAAUAUAAGGAGCUGUUAGUAACAGAUUACUUGAAAGUAAUGGAGGAAUUUCCUUUAUGUGGAGAUAAAUCUGUACCAUAUGCUUUACCUUACCAUUUGUGUGAUAUAUACGUUGAUGAGUUGGAGACCGUUAUGUUUGGAGACUUGAAUUCUGAUCUGGAACAAGACGAAGAAAAUAACAAAGAAGUGCUUGAAAAGAAACUUGAAAUUGCCUCCGUUACCCCCAUAAUAAACUUGAUUGGUCCUUUUGCUGCCUUAAAUAAAAAUGCAUCUUUGAAAACUUUGCGGGAGAAGUGCAAGGACGAUGUUUUAGAUGACAAAAGAUUGGUUGAAUGGGGUGUAGUGGAAUCUAAAGGUAAAUCGGCCUCCAGUGAUGAAAACAGAGAUGAGCAGGACGAUGAAGAUGAUGAAGAAGAAGAAUGGACUGGAUUUUAA